GCAUUAAAUGUUUAUAGGAUACUGUCUACGACAGUAUAUUUUAUUUCCAUCAUUUAAACGACGUUUAGAUUGUUUUAAAAUUAAUUUGUUACUAUCAAACACUGACACUCUUGCAAUUAUAACAAUGCAAUUUUUAUUUAAUGUACAAAUUCAAGAAUUAUUCAUUUUUUAUUGUGAUGAAGUAAAUUAAUUUAUUAUUGAAUGCAAUUAUACACUUAUGAAGACAUAGAUUGUAUUGAUAUUCAAAACAAAUUGUAUCCAUUGUAGCCUAUUAAUUCUUUUAGAUAAUUCUUGUGUAACAUUCGUUAGCUUUAUACAAAAAAAUUGUUAACUUUUCAGAUUAAUUUUACACAAGACAAUUUUUAUUUACGUAAGACUCUGGUCUAAAUAGUUGGUUUAUACCUGUGGGAUUUUAUUAUCUGUUAUCGAAACUUUCUCAUUCAAAGAAAAAUAAAUACAUUUAAACCGAAAUAAUAUAUAAUAUAAAUAGGUAUAAGUAGGCAAGUUAAUAUGAAAUCCAUAUUUAUUUUUUAUAAUAUUAAUUAUUGAAUUAAUUUCACUUGUAAGUGAAUUCCAGUAUGUAUCUCCAGCAAAAAGUGAUUGAUUUAUUUAUUUAUUGGCCCUUAAUUUGGUUAACAUUGCAAUUAAUAGGCAUUAGAAUAUUCUAAUUAAUCAUUUCAGGAACACAAAUGACAAUCCGUCGAAAAAGAACUUUCAUUUGUAAUUUUUCAACAAGUAUUUUGUAUUUGAAAGGUCGAAAACUUAACUAAAGCCAUCCUUCAGAAGACUUAUAUACUGAAAAGAGUGAGAUAAAUAAUAGUAACAACAAUUUUUCCUACUGAUGAAUUGGGGAAAAUAUUUUUUAAAUUCAUUUUAACGAAGAUGAAUAAUAAACAAAGCCAAAUUAAGGGUUUUUCUGGUUAUAGUUGUUUAAUUUAAUUGAUUGCAUAAAUAUGUAUAAAGAAUAAAGACUAUGUGUAUACGUAUUCAAAUGUAAUUGAAUUAUUAACCGAACCAUCAUAUGAUUCAUAUGGCCAUAAUAAAUUCAAAGGUAAAAUUUAAUUUUUGGGUUCAUUUUAAUAAAGUAUCAAUAACCGUAUUGAUAAGAUAAGACAUUUUUUAAUUUAUCCCAGUACAAUCCAAGCAUUACGUUACAUAUUGGGCAAGAGUGAGGGUUAAUGAACGUGUCAAUGAAGGUUAUGUGAACGGAUUAAAGUACAUAAAAGCUUGCGAUCUGUGAUAACGUGACCAAGAAUUGUCAUUAUUGAUUCUAGAGAUUAAGAACAUUAUUUGACAUUUGCUUUAUCAAGUUUAUUGUACAGAAAUGAGUAAAAAAAUUAUUUUAGUAACCGGAGGAACUGGUCUAGUAGGUAAAGCUAUUGAAAAAGUUGUUAAAUCAGACAUUAGGCCUGAUGAAGAGUGGAUAUUUGUUGGAUCUAAAGAUGCAGAUUUAUGUAAUAAACAGAGCACUGUUGAACUAUUCCAAAAGUACAAACCUACACAUGUUAUACAUUUAGCUGCUAUGGUUGGAGGAUUAUUCCACAAUAUGAAACAUAAUUUAGAUUUUCUACGUAAAAAUCUUCAAAUGAACGAUAAUGUUCUUCAAACUGCCCAUGAAAGUAAUGUCGUUAAAGUUGUUUCAUGUCUUUCAACAUGUAUUUUUCCUGAUAAAACAUCAUAUCCAAUAGAUGAAACUAUGGUUCAUAAUGGUCCACCACAUCCAUCAAAUUAUGGUUAUAGUUAUGCAAAAAGACUUAUAGACGUUGCUAAUCAUGGAUAUUUUGAUCAGUAUGGGAGAAUGUACACUAGUGUAAUACCUUGUAAUGUUUUUGGACCUCAUGAUAAUUACAAUCCUCACUCGAGUCAUGUAAUUCCUGGACUUAUGAGAAAACUUUAUGAUCUUAUAAAAGAAGGUAACACCGAGGAUAAAGUAUUUACAGUCUUGGGUACAGGGAAGCCUUUGAGACAGUUUAUUUACAGUUUAGAUCUAGCUAAGCUUUUUAUAUGGGUUUUGAGAGAAUAUAAUUCCGUUGAACCAAUUAUAUUAUCUGUGGACGAAGCAGAUGAAGUGUCAAUUGCUCAAGUAGCAGAAACACUUGCCAAAGCGUUUGAUUUUAAAGGAAAAAUAAAAUUUGACACAACUGCAGCAGAUGGUCAAUACAAAAAGACAGCGAGCAAUGCGAAGUUGAGAAGUUUCUUACCUGACAUGAAAUUUACUCCUUUUGAAAAAGCAAUUAAAGAAUCUGUCGACUGGUAUUGCGAAAAUUACAGUUCUGCAAGAAAUUGAUACAUCAAAAAUAGUAAUUAAAAUAAUUAAACAAUAAAUACAUAUUUUAUUUCAAA